CGCCUUCCUCUGCUCCUCCCCAGCAGCCCGUUAUAGUGCGCGAGGGGGCGGGAACAGCGGCGACUUGGCUGGUGAACAAGGAGAGAAGAAAGACGCUGAGGCGUUUCGGACCAGGCAGACUUUCAGGGAAGUGCCUUCUUUGCUUUGCUGUGAUGAAAAGGAGAGCAGACCAAUUUGGUGAAUAAGUCCGAGCUGUUAACAAGUGACCUGAGUUGCCCACAGGAUGAUAUAAAAUGCUUUGGAUCAACAUUGAUGAGAAAGAUCUUUUGAUUUCUAGCUGAAUUGUUACCCUUUGGAUCAAGAUGCCAGCAGCAGUUGGAGGCCCCGUGGGAUACACGCCACCAGAAGGAGGAUGGGGCUGGGCUGUAGUCGUUGGUGCCUUUAUCUCAAUUGGCUUUUCCUAUGCAUUUCCAAAAUCCAUCACAGUAUUCUUCAAAGAGAUAGAGCAGAUUUUUGAUGCAUCUAGCAGCAAAGUGUCCUGGAUCUCUUCCAUUAUGCUGGCAGUAAUGUAUGGAGGAGGUCCCAUCAGCAGCAUCCUGGUGAACAAAUAUGGCAGUCGUCCAGUCAUGAUUGCAGGGGGCUGUCUGUCAGGAUGCGGUUUGAUUGCUGCAUCUUUCUGUAAUACUGUGGAAGAGCUUUACUUCUGUGUUGGGGUUGUGGGAGGUCUUGGACUUGCAUUUAAUUUAAACCCAGCCUUGACGAUGAUUGGCAAGUACUUCUACAAGAGGCGUCCACUAGCUAAUGGACUGGCAAUGGCAGGCAGCCCUGUAUUUUUAUCUACACUGGCUCCCUUGAACCAAUAUUUUUACAGCAUUUUUGGGUGGAGAGGGAGUUUCUUAAUUCUUGGGGGCCUCUUGCUAAAUUGCUGUGUAGCUGGAUCACUGAUGAGACCAAUAGGACCCAAACCAGACCAGCAGAAGAUAGAUAAAGAAGUGUUGCAGGAGGCUGGUAAAUCUGUGAAAAAAGAAGAAGGAUCAGGAGAUGUCAGCACAGACCUUAUUGCUGGGAAGACAAAAAAGCAGAAAGCUACGGUCUUCCAGACUAUUAACAAGUUUUUGGAUUUGUCUCUCUUCACACAUCGUGGUUUCUUGCUCUAUCUGUUUGGCAAUGUGGUCAUGUUUUUUGGACUGUUUACACCAUUAGUCUUCCUCAGUAAUUAUGGGAAGAGUAUGCAUUUCUCUAAAGAGUCUUCUGCCUUCUUGCUGUCCAUUCUGGCCUUUGUAGAUAUGGUUGCCAGGCCAUCCAUGGGCUUGCUAGCAAAUACCAAAUGGGUAAGGCCUAGAGUGCAGUAUUUUUUUGCUGCAUCUGUGAUCAAUAAUGGCGUGUGCCACCUUUUGGCUCCUUUAUCCACAACCUAUGCUGGCUUUUGCAUCUAUGCUGGCUUCUUUGGAUUUGCCUUUGGCUGGCUGAGCUCUGUCUUGUUUGAGACACUGAUGGACCUAGUUGGGGCUCAGCGGUUCUCCAGUGCCGUUGGUUUGGUGACUAUUGUGGAAUGUUGCCCUGUGCUUUUGGGGCCACCUCUCCUAGGUAAACUAAACGACAUUUAUGAUGACUACAAAUAUACUUACUGGGCAUGUGGCAUCAUCUUGAUAAUCUCUGGGAUCUUCCUCUUUAUUGGGAUGGGCCUCAAUUAUCGACUGUUGGCUAAGGAGGAGAAGACCCAGGCCAAACAAAAGGCUGAAGGGAAAGAAGAGGAAACCAAUAUCGAGGCUGAAAAACAAAAAGAGCCAAACAAUGAUGUUGCUAACCUGCCUCAGAAAACCACAGAAGAUGGUAUAAAAGAGGAGGAGAGCCAUAUGUGAGGGACUGGCAUUUUAAGUCCAGGAAGGCAGGAUAAAAUAUUACCAACAUGAUAUGUUGUGUUUGGAUGGGGGAGCACUACUGGUUAUGGGCAGUGGUGAGAAGGGUAAAAAUCAGGUGAUCUUUUUUUUAAAACAAAGCUACAAAUUCUAUGUAUCAGCAUUUGACAGGAGUAACAGAGCUCAGUGGGCAGUGCCAUCUUUUUAUUUGGGCUGGGUGGGAAGGGAGAGAUUUUUUAUACUCUGGCUUUUUUAACAGUAAUGUGAAUAUACUAAUAUGUGCCUUAGAGUUUCCACAUUUAGGCUACUUUGGCAAAGCCUUAACUCCAGUCUACAAAGUGUUCUCCUUGAAGGUUUGUAGUCUGUUUAGGCUAUCUCCAUGAAGGAUAUCUGGUUUCUUUUAUUCUUUUAUUCAGUAGGGUCUCAAGGUUGUGUGUUAAAUGAACCCCAUUUCAGAGUUUUCCAAAACACAUUAUUGCCAGAAUCUUGGUAGAAGGAGGUAUGGAGGAGAAAGAGGUGGCUCUUGAUGAAACAGGUUUUCAUUUCUGGAUGACAGGGUCAAGCUGGCUGUUAUGUUGUUAGCAUCUUUGACAACUUUUCUAAUUAGUACAGUCUUUGAAAAUCUUCCUGCUUAAAUCUGAAGUCUUGAAACUGAGUAAAAUAUGUAAAGAGUUUCAUACUGUUGUCACUAAAGUUAUUAUGGAGUCAAACCAAUUUUUACAACAUCAUUAUGCUUCUGGUGGUCAUUGGCCUGGAAAAUUUGUUUUGAUAGAAUAACAGAAAACAAAAUGCAUAUCACUGCAAGAGAGCGAGCUGAUUCUGAAGGGCAUGCCUUAAUUGUUGUCAGGACAGUCAAAAUAUAUACCUUUUAAGAAGCUCUUAGAAUGAUUCAGUGCCUAAAUCAGCCACCCUAGACAGGCCCUUUGAAAACUAAGUCCUACUGAAAUUGUAGGGACUUAAAACCAAGUAAAUGCUAUCUGCAUCACAGCCACUUGUACUCUUACUGCUGUUUCACAGCCCUUCAAUUCUGCUGCUUUCAAAGGUGCAUGUUUUAAGUUCUGGUGUUUAUUGCUACAUUCUAGGUAAAAUUCUAGUUUCUGCUCUGUGUUCUGGAAUGCUAACUGCCCAGAGCAGAUACUGCAAAGACAUCAAUAUCCCUGACUUCAUCCUGGAUAGGAUUUUGUGUCAAUAAGCAUCUUGUUUCUUUCUAGUUGGUGGGCAAAAUAGUUUGUUGAGGAUCAGUUAAUAUUUCCCCCUUUGCAUACUAAAUGGACUCUCCCCCCACAAAAAAAAAGUAACAGAGAGCAGUUUCCCAGCCACAGCCAGUCCUGCUGAAAUUUUCUUAGUGACAGUAGCUACUUUUUAAAAUAAAUUCUUUAGUAUAGUUCCCCCACCUACUGCAACUCUUUUUAUGAUGUAUAGCCUUUUUUGGCCACAUUCCUGAAUGUGUGUGCAUUAUUAUCUUGUGGGUCCUCUUGGGAGGAUUAAAAUGCAAGUUAACCCCUUUUGUAAGUAAAGUUUAAUUCCAUUAAGAUGUUUAGCCUUGAGUCACUUAAGUCCUAGAAAAGCUAGUUAGAUGUAAGAACAAUUUUCAGAAACACAAUUUCAGUUUUUCUGUCAGAAAGCAGCAGAUGCUUGCCUAAUAAUGUGCCUGCUGAAGUGAACAGUGUUAUUUUGAUCACAUAUUUUUUGGUUUUUGAACUAUAUAAAGUUCAAAACACUCUUAAACUGGAACUAAACAUCUCAAAUGCUUAGCUAUUAUUACCCAAACUUGGGCCUGUCUUGUCUCUUCCUAAUUUCAACUUGUAACUUCCUGUAACACAAACAUAUGACAUGGUAAAAACCAAAAUUCAAUUUUGUAUGUUUUGAGUAGCUUUGGGGAGGUCUGGCCUGAUAUGAACCAAGUUAUACAUUGGUGUCUUAUUUUCCUGAGAACUACUGUUCUUUCCAAACAGUAACAGCUGAAACACUGACAUGUGGUUCUAAUGUUGUUGUCAUUUUGCUUGCUCUGAUCAGUUCGGGAAGAUUGCUUUUUUAAAAUGACCUGUAACACUGAAUGUCCAUACCAUCUCUAUAUAAUGGUGGGUGACUUCUGUGUGUUUUAACUGUAGCAUUGUAGUAUACACCAGAAAUAUAGGCUGUUUCCUUGCAUGGGAGCUUUUCUUGCCAAAGGCAGGUUUGCAGUGAUGCAAAAAUCCCUAACACCAGUAUUUGAAAUCCUUUCUGCAAUUAGCAGAGCCAGGGUUGAUCCAUGAUGGUCCUAAAUUUCAGCAUUGGCAUGCUGGAGGACUGUCAUAGGCUUCUCAGGACUGUUUUGUGAAUGGCAUGUGGAGUCCAUCUUGUGAGGAGAAGCUGCAAAUUAUCCAUCUAACGUCUUACUCCAGUAAAGAAUGAUUGAAAGAAAUAGUGUCAGGCUGUGAGUGUUGAAGUUAACUGCAGUGCUUUGCUUCUCUGUUAGAUUUGAUAAAUCAGAUUAUCUUAAACUCUUCAGUGUCUGCAAAAAGGUUAAUAUAGACACAUUGUUAAAUACUGACCAUAAUAUGAGGGCCUAGUCUUCCCCCCCACCAUAAUUUUCAUCUGUUAAAAGACAGAAAUUUUAUCAUAAAUUUUACCUUCUGAUCUGCCAUCAGCGUAUAUCCUGCAAGCUUUUCAUACAGAGAGCUAACUUUCCCAUUAAAUAUUUGCUUUGUUAAAUCUCAUGCUGAAGAGAAAAUGCUUUUAAUUUUAAAGAGCCCCUGUAUGCAUCAAAUGCCAUGCAAAUAGUAGUGCUGGUAAAUGGUCCAAACAUGGUUGAAUUUGAAUUAAGCUAAACAAAAGAGAUUUAUUUUUUCCAUCCUCCAAAUAUAUAGAUUCUGACAAGUGAUCUUCCCUUUGUAAAAACAUUUUUGAAAAUCCCUUGACAGUAUUACCCAGUACACUAUGAAGUCCACUAUUCAGUUGUCUUGGCUGCUGAAGUUAGUUACUUUUUUAUUUUGUAAUUGCAUUCUGCUCUAAAAUUGUAUAAAAGGAACAGGUCAGGGUAUUUUCAUACUUUAGAAUAUGUUUUUAAAGCCAAUAGAGGAUUUUGUAUAAACAGAUUUUACUGUACUGUACUGAGCUGUGACAUUGUAAAACCAAGUUGUUGUAUGUUCAAAAGUUCCACUUGUCAGGAGUUCAUAGCAAUUGGUUCACAUUGCAAUAAACUAACCAUUAAAACUG